GCGCACCGGAAACCCGAGCCGGGAAAGCGGAGCCGGAGAGGGAGCCGGUCCGACGGCGCCGGAGGCGCCGGGGGCCGGGAGCUGUGCCGCCCGCUCCCCGCCGCCGCCAUGGACGCAGGAGCGGACACAAAAGGGGGUGCUGGCCCCGAGGGCUCCGAGGACCCCCCGAGAGCCGAGCUCCCGCAGCUCCCACGCCGCCCGCAGCUCCUGGAGGACGGGGGGCCCAGUGAGGAGGCCACCGCGGACGAGGGCAGCGCCCCGGCCCCGGCCGUGCCCCCAGCCGUGCCCCCAGCCGACUCCCCGGCCGCAGCCGCUGCCGCCGCGGUGCCCCCCGCCCCCGCCCCCGCCCCCGCCCCGGCCCCGGCCCCUGGUGAGGGCGAUGCCAGGCAGGGGCCCAAGGCGGCCGGCGGCAUCCCCAACAUCGGCUUCGUGGGCGAGCCCCCGCCCUACGCGCCGCCCGACCCCAAGGCCGUGCACCUGCUGUACCCGCCCUUCCCGCCGGGCCCCGUCCUCUUCCAGCCGGGCCCGACCCCCCCGGCCCUGUACCCGCCGCCCGCCACGCCGCUCUACCCCGCGCCUGCCGCCCCGCAGCUGUUCGCGCCCUUCCCCGUGUACAACGGCCCCCUGGCCGGCGUGCCCGCGCCUGCCACUGUGGAGCACAGGCCGAUGCCCAAGGACUACAUGAUGGAGUCGGUGCUGGUGACCCUCUUCUGCUGCCUGCUCACCGGGCUCCUCGCCAUCGUCUACUCCCACGAGACCCGCUCGGCCCUGAGCCGCGGAGACCUGGCCCAGGCGGAGGAGGCCUCCCGCAAGGCCCGCUCCCUCGUGCUGUUCAGCCUGCUCUUCGGGGUCUUCGUGUCCACCAGCUGGGUCAUCUACGUGCUGGUGGCCCUCUACCUCCCGUGAGGGGGCUGCGCCGGGGCGGCAGGAGGCCGGA